GCCUGGUGGUGGGCGGAGCCUCUCAGGGGAGUUCGGUCAGUGAGGGGAGAAGCUGUUGGGGAUAGAGCUAGGACUUACUUUUCAGUGAGGGACCGAAUGUGAGAACUGUUAGCUAUGACGUCCCUGAUCAAAAAGGUGAUCGGCACGGCGAAAGCCCCGAAGGCCAUUGGGCCCUACAGUCAAGCUGUGUUAGUGGACAAGACCAUUUACAUAUCAGGACAGGUCGGCAGAGACCCUGCAAGUGGACAGCUUGUGCCAGGAGGGGUAGUAGAAGAAACAAAACAAGCUCUUAACAACAUAGGCGAAGUUCUGAAGGCGGCCAACUGCAACUUCACCAAUGUGGUAAAAACAACUGUCUUGCUGGCCGACAUAAACGAUUUUGGUACUGUCAAUGAAGUCUACCAACAGUAUUUCAAGAGUAAUUUUCCUGCUCGAGCAGCUUACCAGGUCUCUGCUUUGCCUAUGGGAGCCCGAGUUGAGAUUGAAGCAGUGGCUGUCACCGGGCCUCUCACAACAGCAUUGCCCUGAGCAGGCCCAGGGCCAGUGACUUUCGAAUUUCCAUCAUGGCUUCAAAUCAGUGUCUUAAUUUUUAUAACUUGAUAUUGGAAAGGGCAAGUGUGACUAAAAUAUCUGACAUUAUGGAAAUUCCAUCUCGUAGGGAGAUUUGACAUGAGCUGAGGACAGAUAGUGCAGUUGCUGCAGGGUGAAUUACACUUAGGCACACUCAUGCUGCACAGUGUGAGGGAAGGGACAUCACAGUCACAGAGUGAGAGGGAAAGAGCCGCAGAAGGAGGACUUGGCCCUGAGAAAUAAUACUGAGCACACCUAAUUCAAUUAAAUCCUAUUAAUUUAGCAGGCAAAAUAUUUAGUUCUUGUGUUAGACAUAUGAUUAUGCUUUUAUUUGAGUAAAAUUAAAUUAGUCAAACUUGAGUAAUAGAGGUAAAGGAGAAAAAAAUGGACCAAAAUUUUAUAGAGAUAGUAUUUUUCUAAUGGAAAUAAAAUAGACUUGCAGAUUUC